AUGCGUCUCGGCCUGGGGUUGGAUUUUGGCCCGCUCCUUCGGCUGUGGCUCGGCUGGCAGGUGGAUCCUCGCCGCCCUCUGCGCCGUUCCGUAUCUGCCUCUCCGCGUUUCUCACGUAGCCGCUUGCACCGGUGCGGCGCCUGUUUGAACCCCGUGCUUCACCUCCCCUUCGUCCUCGUGUUGUUCCCCUCCGCCCGCGGCGGCUGCCGCGUCCCACGCGUAUUCCGCGCGUUGCUCUUCCUACAGCAGCUCCCCCGUGCUCUGUUUGCGGCGCAACGGCCACUUCGUAGUCGCGUUGUCGGCGCACGGGCGUCGGCCGUGGUGCGAUCGGGGGUGAUGGACCCAUCCGCGAGACGGGAUCCGGAGCUGGAGGGAUCCGCGGAGAGCACGCUGCCGGAGCCUGCGCCCGCCGCGCCUCGUCCGCGCUUCCUCGCGCACCCCUCCGCGAGCGAGCCCGUCCGCCGCUUCGAGCGGGUGCAAGCUCUUCCCCCUCAGCCUGCCGCGCGCCCAACCUCGCCGGAGUGUUCGUGGGCGCCUGCCUGUGUUGCGUCGAACCGUCCGGACGGUCCGCCGUGGCAAGGGCGCGGGCGCUCGCCUCCAUGUCAGCCUCCUCGGCAGCCCUCUCCUCGCCGCCCUUCCCCUGAGCAUCGCGAACAUUAUCAGCGAGGGGGGGGGGAUCAGCGCUCCCCUGCGCGUCCUUGCUCCCCUCGCUGCCCAUCCCCUCGUGGUCGGGCAGGCCAGCGCUCACCCCGAGCGCGAUCCCCCGCGCAACGCUCUCUGCGGCGAUCUCCGGCGACGCGGGGAAGGGGGUCUGGUCGCCGCGGGCAGAUCUCCCCGCGUCCACAUUCGGCUGGUUCCGGGGGGCGGCGUGGCCGGCGGGAAGGCGGAGGGCGGGGAGGGAAAGGCCACCAGGGCGAUCCUGCCCUUGAUCACGCCGCUGACACGUUCGUGGAGGUGGUGAGGCAGGCCCGGGCGAGUGGGGCUCCGACUCACGUCCACAUUGAGGUGACCAACGGUCCCCCCUUCGCCGCGGACCCCAGCCAGGUUGCUCCGCAGCGCGCGCCCACGCUGCGCGGGUAUCAACCCGCGCGUGAGGGGAGGGCUCAGUUCCGCACCCCCCGUCCGGUUCCCGGCUUCUCUGUACCGCGCUUAACUGUUGGCCGGACUCCAGGCUGGCCGACGGCGUUUCCGCGCGAAGAGCUGACUGCACCUCCCCCCACUCGCGCGGGGAAAGACCCCAUGCUGACCAUGUGUCGGGUUCUGAACCUGGCGGAGGCGAGCGAGGUGGUGGCGAACUUGCAGCUGGCGGUGUGUGGGGCCACCCAGAGCUUUCUGAGCAAUUUCGGUCCAGGAUCCCGAGGAUCAUGCGUGACUUUGGCAGAAUCGCUCGAGUCGCGGUUGGCGCCCGUGUCGGAAGCGCCCGCCGGGGUAGCUCCCUUAGCCCGUACUUUCCCCCGCCACGUGGGGGAUCUUGUAGGGGUUGCUCAGGCCGGGACCCCCCUGGACACGCUCCAGUCAUCGGCGCAUCUCCUUCUUGCGGUAUCGGCGUGCAUGUGCUCGUUGCUUGAGAUGGAGGGGGCGGAGCCGUACACGAUGUAG